CACCGCCGGCACAACACACCUCCAACAUGUACAAGCUGGUGAUCCUGCCCCUGCUGUUCGCCGCCGUGUCGGCCGGCUACCUGGGAGGCGUGGCCGUGGCGCCAGCGGCCGUCGCCGCCCCCGUGGCCUACGCCGCCCCCGUGGCCUACGCCGCCCCCGCCAUCGCCGCCGCCCCCGCCUUGGCUGUGGCCCCCGCUCUGCGCGCAGCCCCUCUGGCUGUCGCCGCCCCCGCCAUUGCUGCUCCUCUGCCCUACGCUGCCGCGGCGCCGAUCCUUAAGAUUCACUAAGGAAAGGAUCACUGUAGGCCUAGUGCCAUUUGUACAUAAAUAAAGGUCGAGAUGUAAAACAGAUAA